AUGUCCUUCUUUAUCGGCGACGCUCAGCCCAACAAGGUCAUCUUGGAUCUACAGCGCAACGACGAUCUUUUCCUACACCCAGUGAUUGUACGCCAUCUUGACUCGGACGGAACCGUACAGUCGGUUGAUACUGUACCGGCAGGCAGCCACCUGGCGUUUCGCGGGACAACGCUCCUGCAACAAGGAGGUAGACAGUCGGAGACACUGUCGCCUUCGGGAUGGGCAAGGAUGUCGUUCAUCGUCAGGGACGGGGAGCAAUUAGGCCAAGGCGCAUUCAGCAUUGACGGCGUCGAAUAUCAUGUCGUGACAGACUCGACCUACCGGAGAACACGAUCCGACGGGGAGCCGGACAUGUCGAUGGAAGACGGAGGCCCGUACUUGGUGGCAUGGAGAGAAUCCGCACAGAGUCCACACGACGGCCAUGAACUCAGGAAGCGGCAGCAAGGGAACUCGACAUGCUCCGUUUCCGAACUCGACUUUAAUCAGGUUCACCUGGAUCUGGCCACGGGCGACAAGGACUUGGUGGGACGCCAAAGCGGCGGCUUGAAUGGUCUGGAUCUCGGAGGACUGCUUCGAUCGCCGCCCAAUUGCCCGACCUCGCGGCAGAUUGCACUCCUCGGAAUUGCCACGGACUGCUCCUACACGGGCCAGUUCAACUCUUCGGACGAGCUUCGCGAACACGUGCUCUCAGUUGUGAAUACCGCGUCUGGGGUGUACGAACGGAGUUUCAACAUUGCGCUGAGGGUGCAAAACCUGACGAUAAGCGACCGAAACUGCCCGAGCAGCAGCGGUUCAAGCUCGACACCGUGGAACCUGGGCUGCAGCAGCCAAGUCGACAUCUCGGGUCGACUCCAGCGCCUCACCGACUGGAGACGCGGCGUCGGGGUGGACGGCAACGCCGUCUGGUCGCUGUUUAGCGCAUGCCAGUCGGGCCAAACCGUCGGCAUCGCGUGGAUCGGAACGGUAUGCAACGGAGCGAGUGGCCGCUCGGGGGGAACACCAGGAGCCAAUGUGGUGGUGAGGACGCGGUCCGAAUGGCAAGUCCUGGCACACGAACUCGGUCACAACUUUGGGGCCGUGCACGACUGCACGGCAGACUGCAACUCUGGUUCCUCGGAGCGGUGCUGCCCGCUCAGCGAGAGCAGCUGCAACGCCAAUGGGCGGUUCAUCAUGAACCCGGCGGCGACGACCAGCAUGACGGACUUCUCGCCGUGCACCAUCGCGGCCAUCUGCACGGCCAUGGAGCGCAACCUCGUCCGCACGUCGUGCCUGUCGGGCAACGAGAACGUGACGACGAUUUCGAGCGGCGUGUGUGGCAACGGCAUCGUCGAGCCCGGCGAGGAGUGCGACUGCGGAGGCGAGGAGGGCUGCGGUGCCAACAGUCAGUGUUGCAAUCCAACAACGUGCCGGCUCGUCGACGGCGCCGUGUGCGAUCCCUCCAACGACGGGUGUUGCACGUCGCAGUGCCAGGUAUCGAGCAGCGGCAACGUCUGCAGAGCGAGCAUCGGCCCCUGCGACCCGGAGGAGGUGUGCAACGGGUCAUCGGCCUCGUGCCCGACGGAUACGCGCCUCCCGGAUGGACAGUCGUGCGGCGAUGGCAACAACGGCACCGCGUGCGCCUCGGGACAAUGCACGUCGCGCGGCAUGCAGUGCAGCCUGGUCUUGUUCAACUCGACGAGCCGGUGGGGGAGCGUGUCGGCAUGCGAUGGCAACGGCUGCCAGAUGAACUGCGCGCUCGCAGAUUCGGGUUCGUGCCAGGUCACGGGCGCCGACUUCUUGGACGGGACGCCGUGCAGCGGCUCUGGCGGAGGCUCUCUGUGCUACAGCGGCGAGUGUCGCGCGGCGAGGGGUAGCGGCGGCGGCACUGGCGGCAGCGUGUCGUCGUGGAUCGCCCGCAACAGGGCCCUUUUCAUCGUGAUCGUGGUCAUCGGGUCUCUUCUCGUGGUGCUGGCGGCGUGGUGUUGUUUUGCGUGUGUGCGGCGGAGAGUGUCUAGAAGUCGCAAGGCGGAAACCAGCCAGGCGAGGAUGGCAGCUCUGCGCCAGGCGCCAGGUGCCGCGGCAGGCCCAGUGCUCGCUCCAGGCCCAGGUCCCCUGUCUGGGGCUCCGCAGAUGCAGUCGGUCCAUGCAGUCCCGCCUGUCGCCGUCUAUCCCACGCCUCCGUCACGCCUCUCCCGCACCCGGACCUUUACGCACCGAUAUGCUUAG